UGUUUUCACCAAAAUGGAACUCUAUUAACCAACCCCUCAACCAAACAUGCUCUGCUCCCUUUCUCCUUCCUCCUCUAUACCCCCCUUCCAGCUAGCGAAGCUUAUUUGAGCCGAUUCUCUCUGAAUUUGAUUUCAUGUGCCUCCUUGAUUGAUUUCAGUUUGACCCAUUGGGCUAAAUUCGCCAAAGAUUCAAGCUUUUUCUGAAACCAUGAGGCACAAAGCUGGAAUCUUGAUUGUUUUGUUUGGGUUGUUUGUGUUGGGAGCUGCCCCUUUGUGUUCUUCGUACCCCAACCCCCUCAACUGUUCGGACCCGGGGCGCCUCUGCAGCUCCUUCUUGGCCUUCAAGCCCGGCCCGGAUGAGACUCUCCCUGUGAUCCAGAGCAUGUUUGAUGUGUUGCCACAUGACAUCACUGUGGAGGGUAAUGGCAGGGAUUAUGUGUUCAUUAGGAAGAACUGUUCUUGUGCUCCGGGUAAUAACCAGUACUUAACCAACACCACUUUCACAGUUAGGGAGAGCAAUGGAUCUGUGUAUGAUUUGGUGAUUGAUGCCUAUGAUGGGUUGGCCUAUUUUCCCACUAAUUUUACCAGAGAGGCCAAGAAAGGGGCAGUGGUUUCUCUCAAGCUUAUGUGUGGGUGCUCAAGUGGGCUCUGGAAUUACUUGAUGAGCUAUGUGAUGGAAGAUGGGGAUUCUGUGGAGUCUCUAGCUAGUAGGUUUGGGGUUAGCAUGGAUAAUAUUGAGUCUGUCAAUGGGAUUCAAAAUCCUGAUAAUUUCACUGCUGGUGCAUUAUACUACAUACCAUUGAAUUCAGUUCCUGGUGAACCAUAUCCUGUGAAAAAUGACACUCUUCCAGCUCCUGUUCCAGCACCAUCUGAUGCUGAUAUUACGGGAAUCCAGACAGAUCAUAAGCGUCAUGUUCCAUAUCGGUGGAUAAUCGGGGGUUUAGGUGUUGGUCUUGCUCUUAUUGUCAUAAUUAUUGUGGCUCUGGUUUCCUUCAGAUCAUCCAACUGUUUUUCCCGAGACUUUGAGAGUCAUGCUGCAGAUUCUAAUCAGAAAAGUAAUUCUCACAAGUUCCAAAUUCUCCGAAAUACAAGUUUAUGUUGUGCCUCGGGACGUUCCAUCUGCUGUAAAUUGGGGGACUGGAAAGAGCCUAAUGCGGAGCCUAGUAACCGACAAAUGAACAAUAUUCCCAAAGUGAUAGGGACCGAUGUCUUUGAUAUGGAGAAACCUCUGGUUUUUACAUAUGAAGAAAUUUUUUCUUCGACUGAUGGCUUCUCAGACGCCAAUCUUCUUGGAAAUGGAACAUAUGGUUCUGUGUAUUAUGGCCUCCUUCGUGAUCAGGAGGUUACAAUCAAAAGAAUGACCGCCACUAAAACGAAAGAGUUUAUGGCAGAGAUGAAACUUCUGUGCAAAGUGCAUCAUACAAACCUGGUAGAAUUGAUCGGUUAUGCAGCCAGCAAUGAUGAACUGUUCCUUAUUUAUGAAUACGCCCAGAAGGGUUCUCUUAGAAGCCACUUGCACGAUCCUCAGAAUAAAGGUCAUACAUCACUCUCCUGGAUCAUGAGGAUUCAGAUUGCCCUCGAUGCUGCCAGAGGUUUGGAAUAUAUUCACGAGCACACCAAGCCUCACUAUGUGCAUCGUGAUAUAAAGACGAGUAACAUCGUGCUUGAUGGCUCCUUUAAAGCAAAGAUUUCAGAUUUCGGUUUGUCAAAACUUGUGGGGAUAACUAAUGACGGAGAAGCUUCGGUCACGAGAGUUGUUGGAACAUACGGUUAUGUUGCUCCAGAAUACUUACGGGAUGGCCUGGCAACAACUAAGAGUGACGUCUAUGCAUUUGGAGUUGUUCUUUUCGAGAUAAUUUCAGGGAAAGAGGCUGUUACUCGAACUGAAGGCGGCACUGCUGUUAAAAACACUGAAAGGCGCUCGUUGGUAUCCAUUAUGCUAGCAGCUCUCAAAAAUUCCCCCGACUCCACGAGUAUGUCUGCCUUGAAGGAAUGCGUUGAUUCCAAUUUGAUGGACUUGUACCCUCACGAUUGUCUUUUCAAGCUCGCUACGCUAGCAAGGCAAUGUGUAGACGACGACCCAAUUCUACGACCGGACAUGAAGCAAGUGGUGAUAUCGCUUUCACAGAUCCUCUUGUCAUCGGUGGAGUGGGAAGCAACACUCGCGGGGAAUAGUCAAGUUUUCAGUGGCCUCGUUCAGGGAAGAUAAGACCUGGCCACCGGGGAGUAACAGUUUUCCCUCCAGAACAAAGGCUAGUUUGCCUCAUUUCGACGCUUUUUUUUUUUUUUUUUUUUGUAUAUAGUAGUGCAGAAUCCAUCGCGGUGGCUCCUGCAUAUACACGUGCCAAUCUCGUUAUUUUCGAUCUCUUGUUAGCUCCAUUCGCGGGGAUUCUUUGAUUUCUUUUGCUCUGCAUACGUCCAUGAUUCAGAGGUAGAGGUGUUUGUAAGCAUUUUUAUGCCACGGGAGACUUGAAACAUGUUUGGAAGAAGGAACAACUUUUGUAUCACUUGAAGUGAGUCUAUGCAUUGUACAAUAGGCUCUAUAUAAAGUAUAUAUUGACUUCUCUGA